AUGGAGCCGCCCGACCCCGACACGGCCGACCCCGUGGAGCAGGGGGUGCGCCUCCUGUACCACACCAUGGACCAGCUAGCGCGGAAGAGCCAGCGGACGGUGUCGUACUGCAGGCAGGCGAUCCGCAUGGAGGCGGUGCGCACGCAGGCCCACGAGCUGCCGCACCGGCCGUUGCUGGCGUACAUGGACGCGCUGCUCGAGCCGCGCGAACGGGCGUGCCUCGAGUUUUGCGUCGAGCUGCUGAACCAGCGCCACCGCACCCACGAGUACGAGAGCGCGCUGGUGUGCGUGAUGGCGGUGCUAGGCCGCGGCCGGGACGGCUGGCGCGACCCCAAGAGCUAUCCCCCCAUCUUAUCGCGGGUCAUCAAGAUCGCGCGGUUUUUCGUCGUCGAGAAGGCGCUGUGGCUCGACCCCGCGGCGAUGCAGACAUUGCUGGACUGGCGGACGUACGGGCUGCGGGUGCAUUACAACAGCACUACCCCCGGCCACAUCAUGUGGCAGGGGACUGACGAGCGGCUGUACAAGGAGCUGCGCUUCACGAUGGGCGACUUUCGCGCCCGAGCUGCCGAGUAUCCAGCAUAUGAACACAGAUACCAACAUCCGCCGGAAUAUAUAUCUCAACAACAGGCUGGUCACAUUGGUCAUCGCGUACCACAAGGACUUUUAUGCCAGCAACGACGCGAAGAUUAUCCACCGAUCCGUGCCGCAAGAGGUCGGCGAGCUCAUGAUCUAUUACCUGUGGCUGGUGCGGCCAUUCGUCGAUCAGCUCGACACCUGGCUGGAGCAACAGUCGCCCGCGCCGCGCGAGCCCCCCUCCACGCAGGAACGUUGUUGCGUCGUUUCUAA